AUGGCGAGCUUUGUGAAAUAUGGUGCUGACGGCCAAGUCUUUGUUGACCAUGAGGCCCUUAGACGAGCCGAGGCUGAGCAGAAAGUCAAGUGCGCCCGCUACCUGCGGUUUGCUUUUGCUGCGCAUAUUGUCGUCUUGAUCCUGAUCAACGUCGUUGUGUGGGCAAUUUGGUUUAUCCUCAGGUCGAGCCAGAAGGGUGGAACAUAUCAGUGGCCUCUCUGGGUCACCCUUGGCUCGGUGGUUCUCAUCGUUGCGCAUCUUUUGAGCAUGCUCCCCUAUGCAAUUUGCCAGCCGAGCCAUAUGUGUCCUCGCUGGAUUUGGGUCAUACUCCUGAACAUUGCGUUGGUAAACAUUGUCUGCUGGGGCGUCUAUGCUACAGCUGAGCAGCAAGCUUGUCCCAUCGAGAACCCUCAUUGUGAAUAUCUUUGGCCAGUGUGGGUUUCUGGCGCGACGCUGUUGGGUGGCGUUGUUGUGAGCUUGCUACCGUGUCUCAUUGGAGCAAUCUUCGGCAUUCAUGAUGAUGUUGGGGACAGCGAGGUCGAAGGCAUGAUGUAUCAGUCAGAAUCUGACUGA